GUUGGAGAUUGCACCAACAUGGGGUUUGACUAUAGUUUAACGUUUUCACUCUAGCCAGCUAACGUUGUCGCUGGCACGUUAGUUGCACAUAGACCGGUAAGUUGGUGGUACUUAUUUUGAACUAGUUAAACAACACUUUUAGUUGUACAUAUAUGUAUUUAUUGUUUAAGUCAUUUAGCAGACGCUCUUAUCCAGAGCGACUUACAGUUAGUAAGUGCAUACAUUUUUCAUACUACUCCCCCGUGGGAAUCGAACCCACAACCCUGGCGUUGCAAGCGCCAUGCUCUACCAACUGAGCUACAGGAGGUACAUCACAUAACAAGGAAGAUGGGUUCGUCGAAGAAACACAAGGAGAAAGGGCGUGAUAAGGAUGCCGAAGAGCGUCACCGCGAACACAAAAAACACCGUCACAAGGACCGGGAGAGGGACAAGGAACGAAAUGGCACCCGAGAAAGGGAGAAGAGGAAACGGUCCAGAUCGAAGGAAAGGAACGGACGGUGUUCCCAGAGAGAAGGUCGCAGUAAAGGCGAAAGGAGUACAGGGGAGCCUCGUGUAAAGAAAGAAAAAGUGGAGCCCGGAUAUGAAGAGAGGCCAGGUAAAUCCACAUGGCAGUCAAAUAUCUUGGCUUAAACAAUAAUAUAUUCAUACAUGCAUACAUACAUAAUUAGAACCAAUCAGUGCGCAAUACACUCAUAUAGUCUGCAGGUAUGACAUUGAAGAUGCCGGUUUUUCUCUUGUGUUUUUCACUUCAGUUGUUAUUUUCCUUUUAGGAAUUGGACCACAGUCUGCAAGUGGAGAUGCCUCACUUAGCAUUGAAGAGACAAAGUAAGUGAGACACAGACAUUGAAUGAUGGUGCCCUGAUGAUGGUGUAAGUAAAUUCUAAAUAACUUUCUUCCCUGGCUAACUUUCUCUCUUAACAGCAAGCUGAGGGCCAAGCUUGGUCUGAAGCCUCUGGAAAUGACUGACACCACUAAAGGUGAGGCAAAAUUGAGCUAAAUGGUGUCUCUGGCUAGAAGUAGAUGACCAUGGCUCCAUUCCAAACAUGUAAAAGACACACCAUCUCCCCUCAGCCCUCAAAUUAAGGGGACACUUCUGAUGACGUAUGAUGAGUGGACACUUGCAGGGCGAGGGAAGAAUGAAUGAACUUUAGAGGGACGCCUUUGCCCGGAAAUGUGCCACUCGUUCGUCCCACGGUUGUUUCAGUCAUCAUGGAACCAGCGGUAGCAGUUGUGUGUGCUUUAUAUGCGCUACAGUCAAUUAUGAUUGUAUUUUAUAUCUUGGCUAGAAGACAACGCAUCCGCAGACAUUGAAUGCUAGCCAUCCGACGAUAUCAGGUAAAUUGAAAAUUACAAUGUAGAAGUGUGAUGUCAGUGAAAGUUGUAUGCGCUAGCUAACGUUUCCAAAAGCUAACCAAACAAAAACAUUACUUUUACGAUACAUGUUUGUGCCGUCAUGUGCAUUAGGAGCACAAUUUCUAACUUAUUUACAUAUGUUUUUACUUACACUUGUAUGUUGACUUCUCCAUAUUGAUGUUGGUUUUAAGUUUUAGCAGAUUUUCUUAGCGGAUGUACAAUCAUCGCAAAUUGAAUUAUGGGGUGUUUCAGGCCCCGGAGUGAACAGAAUUGUACACUCGCAAACUCGAUCACAAACGAGGGCUGAGGGGUUUACGUUGCCAACUUCCCUUGCUUGGCUAAUUGUUUGGACCGACGGCAAAGAUGGCCACGGGUAUUCCCCCAUGGGCAUAAGGCGAAGGUAAGUGGAGGAGGAUGUGUCUUUUAUGCGUUUGAAACGCAGCCCAUGCCUGUAGUAGUUAGGUCAUGUGUGGCUGAUUGUGAUUUGACUGACCUCACCCCUGUCUGCUGCCCCAGAGCUCGGCACGAAGGAGCAGCCAAUGGUUGCGGAGACUAUCAACCCUGUGUACAUCAAACAGCAGAAAGAGAUGAGGGAGAAACUGGCGGCUAUGAAGGAAAAGAGGCUCCUCAAUAAGAAACUGGGGUAAGGUCUUACUGCAGAAAGGUUUUGGUUUAACAUAUAGUGAUAAGUGAUCCAAUUAAUUUUAUUUUCUCUUUCUCUCCCACUGUGUUUUUUUUUAUUCUUCAGGAAAGUGAAGACCUUAGCAGAAGGAGACUGGCUGGACGACACUGUAGCCUGGGUGGAGAGGAACCGGAAGAUGGCCAAAGAGAAAGAACUGGCAGAGAAGAGAGUGAGUAGGGAGGGAACCAUGGGGGGGAGAAGGAGGGCUGUGAGAUGAAGGGAGAUUGUUGUGUCUUAGUUAUUAUGUUAUUAUUUUGUACUCCGUUUUUGAUUGGUUCCUUUAUUUCCUUGCUUUCCCUAUCAGGCCAAACUUCUGCAGGAGAUGGAUGAGGAGUUUGGUGUGAGCAAUCUGGUGGAGGAGGAGUUUGGACAGGCCAAGAAGGUAAAAUCUGCUCUCUUGUGUUGAAUAUCUCAAUUGCUCAACUUACAAUUGUGAAGACAACAGCAUUCAGUGAAUCUGCCAGUUUCCCCCCCUAUGGAGUUUGAGACCUGUGACACCACUGCCCCUAAGGGAUGCUCUUGAUGUCUUGAUUCUGUGCAGACUGAGUCGUCGUGCUAUCUGACGUGAGAGAAUGCCUCUAGGUCUUAUGUUAUUCUGCUUAUCUUUGUUAUAGGCCGCUUACAGGUCCCAGGACCUAAAGGGUCUCACUGUGCAGCAUAGGGUGGAGUCAUUUAAUGAAGGGGAGACUGUCAUCCUCACACUGCAAGACAAAGGUGAGGAUGUUGAAAUGUUAACAAUAACACAGAAAUAUAUCAAUGACGAACAUGCUUACACCAGACCCUCAUUUCCCCUUUGUGUGUCUCUUUCAGGUGUGCUUGAAGAGGAGGACGAUGUUCUUGUAAACGUGGGUCUAGUGGACAAAGAAAAGGCUGAGAAGAAUGUGGAGUUGAAGAAGAAAAAGCCUGAUUACAAAGCUUACGAAGAGGACGAGAGUGUAGAUGACAUGGUUACGGUAAGAAUUGAGUCCCAAAAUGUCCAGUUCGUCUUCAUUUUCGGAAAUACUGUCACGUCGCUCUCACCACUUAAUUCAAUCUCACUGACCAACGUCCACCUCUGCACUUAUACUCUGCAGUUCAAGCCGCGUACUGUGCUGGGCAAGUAUGAUGAGGAGAUUGAUGGAGAGAAGAAGAAGAAGAGUUUCCAGCUGAGCAAAGGGGGCUGUGCUGAGGGGGAAAGGGAACGGGAGCUCCAGGCCAUCCGGGAGACCCUGAGGAACCAGGCCCAGUCCCUGGAGAUGCCUGCUCUCGCUAUUGCCUCCGAGUACUACACACCACAGGAGAUGGUGAGGGCUGGGGCUGUGGGGAGGUGGUUCUCUGGAGAGGGCCUGAAAACUGUCUUUUGGAUAUGUUUGCUCUCAGAUUUCAUGUAUGAAUGUGUCUACUUUUGAAUCUAGGUCUGUGUGUGUUUUUUGGAGAAUUGUUCACAUACAAUAUGAGCUCUCAUUAAUGGUUGUCAUUAUUCACAGACCGAUUCUUACUUAUUUUAUUGUUGUUAAAGGUGGGCUUUAAGAAGACCAAGGUGCGCGUCAGGAAGAUCAGGAAGAAGGAGAAGGCGUUGCCUGACGAGCUCCAACUAGACGACACGCGCAACACCGACUUCGGCUCCAGGUUCUGCUCCUCUCAGCUUAGCUUCAAUCGGAAUAUGACAGAUGCGCCAUCUUAGUUUCAGUCUGACUCGCUCUGUCUCUCCUUCAGGGUUCGGGGUCGGGGUCGCAGGCAGUUGGAUGAGGAGGGCCAGGAGGUGGUAAAUGAGGGUGUCUGCAUACCGGGACUAGAUGUACCCCAACAGUCUGAUGACAUCAGGAUGGCGGACAUGGACAUCAGUGAUGAUGGUGAGGGAGACAUCUGUUAGUGGUUUAGUGAUGAGCUAAAUAAAUGUAUGGUUCAUUCAUGCCUGGUUUUGUUUAAUAUUAUGACAACACUUACAUUUUACUCUUCCUUCAGAGGACUUCACUCCCCCUGAGCCGGCUGUGCUGGAGGAGGACGAGGCAGAGCAAGAUCUGCAGAAACAGCUGGAGAAGCAGAGGAAGCUCAAACAGAAGCAGCUGCUCAAAGACUCUGGGGAAAAGGUGUGAUCAUUCUGUUCAGAACUGUUCCUCUCUUUACUCACAAUGUUAGAAUAUCACUGUGGCUAAAGAUCCUAUCCGGUGCAUUGAUCCCUCAUUUGACAACUGAAAACGGCAAUAUUGUGUGGAUUACCAUCAAACUGUUGUGAUAUUUAAUCACCAAUAAAUGUGAAAUGGUUCAACAUUGUUCUCACUCUUGCGCUUCAGGUGGCAGAGCAGGUCCGAGGGCUUGCAAGAGGUGAUGACGAAGACGACAAGAAUCAAGCUGAACAUUGUGUUCAACGCCACCUCUGAGUUCUGCAGAACUCUGGGUGACAUCCCCACCUACGGCCUGUCAGGAAACAGAGAGGACCAGGAGGACAUCAUGGUCGGUACAGUGCAAGAGACAGGCUAUAGCUAACUGUUUAUUAAAAAAUAUAUAUACAUCAUUAGAAUUGGCACAUAACCACCCCAUAAACAAGGAAACUAUUACAAUUGUAUUGUAGUGUGCUCAGUAGAGAGAAUUGAAAUAUCCAUGAGCUCUGUUUGUUUGCACUUGAACACACUUUGGUUUGCGUCUGUAUCAACUGUAUCCUUCUGUUAUAGAAUUUUGAGCAGGAGGCGGAGAGAGAUGGGGCUGGAGGUUCAGACUCAGAUGAGGAUGAGAAUGUUGGCUGGAGCAUCGUCAACGUGGAUGAGGAACAGAAGCAGCCUGAUGUGAGUCAACCUCCUGCCUUGUUGUCUCUUCCAUAUUCCCAUGCAUUUAUCAGUAGUGCUGAUUGGAGUCCCCUAGUGGGUAAUUUAGAGAAUAACAUACUAUGAUUACAUUUUGUCAGCCGGUUAUCGUCAUGCAAAUAACUGCUGGUGUCACGGUAAUUGACCGGUAAUUAACAUAAGCACAUUUAGCAUCCACUGAUGCAGACCUUUGGAACAUCUACAUUUUAGUCUAAUAAAUCAAUUUAAUAUAGCCUACACCGUCACAAAAAUCCAUUAUUUUAGACCGGUCUAAAGAAACAUCAUAUGAAGAAAAUGUAGGCCAUUUCAAAAGAACACAAUAGCAUAUUCUGAGUUGUCCUUAUGUUAGGCCCUGAUCUGGCUAUGCCAUAUGGCUGUGGGCUACACUAGUUCAUUUAGCAGACAAGAUUUGCUUAGAAUUCCGUAGCAUUAUUUUAUAGUAUUUUUUACAUUUUAGUCAUUUAGCAGACGCUCUUAUCCAGAGCGACUUACAGUUAGUGCAUACAUUUUCAUACUGGCCCCCCGUGGGAAUCGAACCCACAACCCUGGCAUUGCAAACGCCAUGCUCUACCAACUGAGCUACACGGGACUGUGUAGUAUGAAGAAUACAAUUGAACAUAGCUGAAUCAAAUAUAAAGGGUAUUUUCCCCAAACGAUUUCCGAGGGAGUGCCAAUAUGCUGCUAUUCUGUGUUGAGUCCUGUGUAGCUCAGUUGGUAGAGCAUGGCGCUUGCAACGCCAGGGUUGUGGGUUCGAUUCCCACGGGGAGCAGUUAAUAAGAAACAUGUCCUCCUAUAUGCUUAAUUUAGAGUUAUAUAUGUAACUUUAGUUGUGAUACAAACGUUAGGCUAUAUGUUUAGAUUGUUUUAUACAUUCUAAGGCUGCAUGAUGCGAUAUUUUUUUUAAAUGAUGAUUUGAAAAAAGUUGCAUGAAAGGCAUGAGCUCUGCUCAGUUUCUUGCACAGGCUGCACACACUUCAUCAGUCUCUCAUUCACAAUUUGACCAGGACUUGAUAAUAUUCUCACCCAUCAGACUAUUCUUAAUUUAAUCUGGUCUUUGCAUAUAGCCUACUAAUAAUAUAUGUGUGGAAUUAUUUUAGAUUUGGAAUGUCCCCAAAAAAUAAUCUGUAGCCUGCACUCGAAUAGUGAAUGGAGGUUACUUGCUUUACGUUUUUAAUAUGCAAGCAUAUGCAGCGUGUCCAUAAGGCUAGGGGAAGCGAAACUUUCCCUACAGUAAAUGCAAUUAAAUUGCCAAAAUUAUAUAGCCUAAUUAGCCUACUCUGUUUAAGAUUAGGGAGAACGUUUUUUUUUUUUUUUUAUGAGCAUGGCCUUAUUUCUAUUACAGCAUAUUGGAUGACUGUCGUUCAUAUUUCAUUCACCCAGCUCAAUGUAACAUCGAUAGGUUUAGGCUGCUACAUGAUACUAAAAUUUUUCCUAUAUCCAUCAUGAGGUUGCUACAACCUAGCCUAUGAACGAAAGUUUACCAUGUAGGUGCACAGGUCGAGAGAAAUUAGAGUAAUAAAGGUGACAGACGGUGACGCAUUCAAUACCACCUUGCACGCUCUUGCCUGCAUCUACCUCAUCUAGGGUGUAAUCUUUAGUCAGGUAUUUUUUCCACGUUUGCAUCCGUUUAAGAAACGUUUUAACAGAAUCGGCAGAAUGAAUACACCCCUGAUCACACGCAAACACUGUUCACUUUCAUAGCAGCCACAGCAUGAUCACAUAAUUCCUAAUUCUACGCGCUCUCCUCCUCUCACCUUUCCUCUUCACUUGUGGACUUCAGUGCACAACAAAUCAGCGGUCUGUGACCAGGCGAAAAAACAUUUCCAAGCCAAACCUUAAUAUCAUAACUGCUAACCGCUACACACAGCCUCCAUCGUUGUCACCAUACUAGCUAACGUCAUGGUCAACAUGGCUACUAGAACUAACACAUUAGUAAACCUGCUACAAACAGCAGUGGUUAAACCGGUGGACCCGUCGCAAUACAUUAAUAAAACCAAAAGCUUACCUUGACUUGGAAUAGUUCCAGUGUCGGAGCUCGUUUUUCCCAGAGUUCCUAGUUUACUUGAAGGCACUGAAAGCACGUGCUUUCAAGACAACUGGGAAUUUAAAAAAACAUACAAAAAAAAGAGGUGAAAUCAUGACAUCAGUGCUCUUCACGUCGGAAAGAGGCCAGAGUUCCCGACUUGGAAUUCCGAGUUGGAUGACAGUUAAAAACGCUUUUUCGUAGUCUGAGCUCUUUUUUAUUUGUUUUAGUUCCCAGUUUACUAGAACGCACUAAAGUCGGAGUUCGGAGAUUUUCGAAUUUCGAUGCCGCGUUCAAAACAAAUGGGAACUCGGAACUGGAACCUCCGACUUCAGUGCGUUCAAAUCAACUGGGAAAAAUCUAUUUGAACAGUCAUCCAACUCGGAAUUCCAACUCGGGAACUCUGGCCUCUUUCUAGAGCUCCGCCUUUCCGACCUGAAGAUCACAGACGUCAUGGUUUGACCCUAUUUUUCCGAGUUCCCAGUUGUUUUGAACGCGGCAUAAAACCAGGGAUGUGACGUUUCAUAUGAUACCAGAAAUAAAUCCCAAAAGGUCCUAACAACAAGUCGUCCAUUAGUUUCCAGUACGAUUGUUAGUUAUUGUUAUUCACACGUCAGUAAAGACUAGCUUAAAACAUUUGUUGGAGAUUGCACCAACAUGGGAUUUGACUAGCAAGCUUUUUGACUAUAGUUAAACCUUUUCACUCUAGCCAGCUAACGUUGUCGCUGGCACGUUAGUUGCACACAGACCGGUAAUUUGGUGGUACUUCUUUUGAACUACAGUGAGGGGAAAAAAGUAUUUGAUCCCCUGCUGAUUUUAUACAUUUGCCCACUGACAAAGAAAUGAUCAGUCUAUAAUUUUUAUGGUAGGUUUAUUUGAACAGUGAGAGACAGAAUAACAACAAAAAAAUCCAGAAAAACACAUGUCAAAAAUGUUAUAAAUUGAUUUGCAUUUUAAUGAGGGAAAUAAGUAUUUGACCCCUCUGCAAAACAUGACUUAGUACUUGGUGGCAAAACCCUUGUUGGCAAUCAGAGGUCAGACGUUUCUUGUAGUUGGCCACCAGCUUUGCACACAUCUCAGGAGGGAUUUUGUCCCACUCCUCUUUGCAGAUCUUCUCCAAGUCAUUAAGGUUUCGAGGCUGAUGUUUGGCAACUCGAACCUUCAGCUCCAUCCACAGAUUUUCUAUGGGAUUAAGGUCUGGAGACUGGCUAGGCCACUCCAGGACCUUAAUGUGCUUCUUCUUGAGCCACUCCUUUGUUGCCUUGGCCGUGUGUUUUGGGUCAUUGUCAUGCUGGAAUACCCAUCCACGACCCAUUUUCAAUGUCCUGGCUGAGGGAAGGAGGUUCUCACCCAAGAUUUGACGGUACAUGGCCCGUCCAUCGUUCCUUUGAUGCGGUGAAGUUGUCCUGUCCCCUUAGCAGAAAAACACCCCCAAAGCAUAAUGCUUCCACCUCCAUGUUUGACGGUGGGGAUGGUGUUCUUGGGGUCAUAGGCAGCAUUCCUCCUCCUCCAAACACGGUGAGUUGAGUUGAUGCCAAAGAGCUCCAUUUUGGUCUCAUCUGAUCACAACACUUUCACCCAGUUCUCCUCUGAAUCAUUCAGAUGUUCAUUGGCAAACUUCAGACGGGCAUGUAUAUGUGCUUUCUUGAGCAGGGGGACCUUGCGGGCGCUGCAGGAUUUCAGUCCUUCACGGCGUAGUGUUACCAAUUGUUUUCUUGGUGACUAUGGUCCCAGCUGCCUUGAGAUCAUUGACAAGAUCCUCCCGUGUAGUUCUGGGCUGAUUCCUCACCGUUCUCAUGAUCAUUGCAACUCCACGAAGUGAGAUCUUGCAUGGAGCCCCAGGCCGAGGGAGAUUUACAGUUAUUUUGUGUUUCUUCCAUUUGCGAAUAAUCGCACCAACUGUUGUCACCUUCUCACCAAGCUGCUUGGCGACGGUCUUGUAGCCCAUUCCAGCCUUGUGUAGGUCUACAAACUUGUCCCUGACAUCCUUGGAGAGCUCUUUGGUCUUGGCCAUGGUGGAGAGUUUGGAAUCUGAUUGAUUGCUUCUGUGGACAGGUGUCUUUUAUACAGGUAACAAGCUGAGAUUAGGAGCACUCCCUUUAAGAGUGUGCUCCUAAUCUCAGCUUGUUACCUGUAUAAAAGACACCUGGGAGCCAGAAAUCAAUCUUUCUGAUUGAGAGGGUGUCAUACUUAUUUCCCUCAUUAAAAUGCAAAUCAAUUUUUUUCCUGGAUUUUGUUUGUUGUUAUUCUGUCUCUCACUGUUCAAAUAAACAUACCAUUAAAAUUAUAGACUGAUCAUUUCUUUGUCAGUGGGCAAACGUACAAAAUCAGCAGGGGAUGAAAUACUUUUUUCCCUCACUGUAGUUAGACAGCACUUUUAGUUGUACAGCACAUAACAUGGAAGAUGGGUUCGAAGAAACACAAGGAGAAAGGCCGUGAUAAGGAUGCCAAAGAGCGUCACCGCAAACACAAAAAACACUGUCACAAUGACCGGUAGAGGGACAAGGAACGAAAUGGCACCCGAGAGAGGGAGAAGAGAAAACGGUCCAGAUCGAAGGAAAGCAGCCUAAACCUAUCGAUGUUACAUUGAGCUGGGUUAAUGAAAUAUGAAUGACAGUCAUCCAAUAUGCCAUAAUAGAAAUAAGUUCCAGUGUUGGAUAGCCAGCUUGCUAACUAGCUAGCUGCAUUCGCUUGCUAAGUGAACAUUAAAUAAAAAAUACAACGAAACAUAGCUAGCUCUUGCUUCUCUUUCAUUUUUAAAUAAAUGUGUUUAAAAGCUGUUCAACUACUGUCUUUCUGAGUCAACUACUCACCACAUUUUAUGCACUGCAGUGCUAGCUAGUGAGCUGUAGCUUAUGCUUUCAGUACUAGAUUCAUUCUCAGAUCCUUUGAUUGGGUGGAAAACAUGUCAGUUCAUGCUGCAAGAGCUCUGAUGGGUUGAACGACAUCCUCCGGAAGUUGUCAUAAUUACUGUGUAAGUCUAUGGAAGGGGGUGAGAACCUUGAGCCUCCUAGGUUUUGUAUUUAAGUCAAUGUACCCAGAGGAGGACGGAAACUAGAUGUCCUCCGGCUACACCAUGGUGCUACCCUACAGAGUGCUGUUGAGGCUACUGUAGACUGUCAUUGCAAAACAGUGUUUUAAUCAAUUAUUUGUCGAUGUGACUAUAUUUAGUAUAGUUUUAUCUAAAAAGGAUAACUUUUAUGUUUCACUAUUUUGGGGGGGGCUACAGAGGAUCAUUAGCUUCUUUACAAAAAAUAAGUUGUGGAUUGUUUUAAAUCGCAUUGCCUACAGUCGGAAAUAAAGGCAGUGUAGAGGCCAAGCCAGGCAUAUAGCAAUAUUUCAAAAUACAAUCACGGGAAAACCUAGUUUGGAAAUCAAAUGGUUAUUGUUGUAAAGAGAAGACCAUGAAAAAACGAAUCUGUCUUUUAGUUAUAAAUAUUAUCUUAUUGGCACCAGUGGAGCAUCGGCAAUAUCCCAGAUGAGUGCUCACUGCAUAUAUUCACUAUGUAUCAUUGUUGUGUCAGUGCUACUUAAAUUUGUUUUUGGACAAUUUCCUCCUCAAGUUUAGAUGGACGUCAUAUUAUAUUUGUGUCUCCUUCUCUAGGCAUAUUAAAUGGACAACUUCGUUUUUAUUGAUCUGUUUGUCAGUGUCAGCAGAGUAGGCUACCCAGUAAUUUGUCAUAUAAAAAAAAUGAUUCUGCUAAUGUCUCCAGUCAUAUAAAGUGUAGUAGAAUUGCAUGAAACGUCUAUAAAAGGCCACAUUCUUCCCAAGCGAAGAAAGAAGACAUGUAGUAGCCUAGGCCUACUCUGCUAUACGCGCUCAACCAUGCAUUGAGCUGUCUUUUUUUGAGGACAGUGAUUGAGUUAUAUUAUUAGCCUAAAUUAUGACUAUCCAAUAUACUCAUCACAUUACGAAUGGUAGGCUAUCUUACAUAAGUCUGCAAAUGCGAUGAUGCAUGGAAUGCUUUAUUAUAAAGGUGCAUUUUUAUGGUGAAAAUGUGCGUCCCCAAACUUGAAACUCAAGCGCCACCUUUGUAUGCGAGGUAGGCUACACCAGUUGUAAAGCAGAUUAAUGUGAUUAAUAGUGGCCGGUCACACAAGUUUUCACACGCGAUUGCGCAAUGACUGGGCUUAUAAGAACACGUUUCACUAUGCUUUGUAGGCUAUGUGCUCUAAUUUUGCAAGGCACUGUAUGAUUGUAAAAAAUUGCCAAAGAAAGGCAUGCGCUGUUUCUUGCCUUAGACUGCACACACUGGGCAUCAUUCACAAGUGGUAUUGUCACCGUUCAGAGUAUUCUCAAUUUAAUCUUGUCUUUACAUAUAGUAAAUAAUGUGCGUGAAAUUAGUUUUGAUUUAGAAUGGACCGUUAUCAUGCACCGGUCGGCACGGGGGGAAAAUAUACAUGUUUUCCGUAUGCACUUAAAUAGCGAAUGGUGGAUACUUUUCCCAUGGUUCAUUUUCAUUUGUCAUUUAGCAGACGCUCUUAUCCUGAGCGACUUACAGGAGCAAUUAUGGUUAAGUGCCUUGCUCAAGGGCACAUCGACAGAUUCUUCACCUAGUCGGCUCUGGGAUUAGAACCAGCGACCUUUCGGUUACUGGCACAACGCUCUUAACCACUAAGCUACCUGCCGCCCCACGGCAUGCCAGCCAGGUAGGCUACUCCUGUUUUAAAGUGAAGAAAUGUGCUUAAUAUUAGGAAAGUUGAGAAAUAAAUAUAGUAGGCCUAGCUUAUAGAAAGCUGAUGGGAUCCUCUUUUUAAUAGAGGCCAUCAAAACUCUUGUUUUCUCAUGCAAUUGUAUAGCCUAUAGAAAUGUUGUGCAACAUGAGUGUUUGAUUUUUGAUGCAUUUGCAUUGAUGUCAGAGUGAUUAGAGGGAAAAUAGAGCGCUGAGUACCAGGCCAUUAGCGACUGGCACUUAGCAAGUUUGGUUGGCUACUAAUGACCAUCAGCGGCAUCAGAGCGCAGUUUUGGAGAAGCCUAGUUACCGUGACUAAACGGUCACGUGGAAUUUGACUGCGGUCAUGACUCGUGACCCCCGGUGUUGCGGUAAUAUGGUCACUGUAACAGCCCUAACCAUGAUGACCCAUAAGAAUACACAAGGCUUUCCCCCCUGAACUACUGAGGUGAAAAUGUGUGUCAGCUGGAUGUGCUUGACUCACCUCUUGCUUCUAUCUCAUAGUUCUCCACAGCCUCAACCACCAUCCUGGAUGAAGAACCCAUUGUCAAGUCUGGGCUGGCUGCUGCCUUGGCACUUUGCAAGAAUAAGGGUAAGAGAUUGGAGUAGCCCCACUGACAGUAUUUGCUUAGUAAAGGACUGUCAUGUAAUGUUUCUGAUCUAUUCCUCUUGUCUCUCUCCUUUCCAAUCUUCAUCAUUUCUUUCAUGCUCUCCUUCUCUCCCUUAGGUCUCUUGGACACUCAAAUGCAGAAGAUAUCCUGUGUCCGUGCUCCUACCGGUGCCCUGCCCAAUGAUAACUACAGCAUUGAGGACAAGAUGUGAGUUCCCUGUGCUUUGUGUGCUUAUAUGCUGGCUAAAUAAUUUCUGCUUGCUCACAGACAUUGCAAAAGUUACAACAUAAAUAAAGUGGCAUGUUUUGUGUGUUUACAUGUUUUUAGCGCAGUACCUCAUCAAAUUGCGGAUGUAAAAUGGAGUCCUAACUGUAAUGUAUGAAAACCUGUUAGCCUCCAUUGUUAACCCUCUGGUCUUGUUUCUCUAGGACUAUAGAUGACAAGUACAGUCGGAGGGAGGAAUAUAGAGGCUUCACCCAGGACUUCAAAGAGAAGGACGCCUACAAGCCUGACGUCAAAAUUGAGUAUGUGGAUGAAUCUGGACGGAAGCUCACUCCCAAAGAGGUACAUGAUUUAAUAUUCCCUUAACAUCAUUGACAUACAGAAUGUUGAUUUUGUAAAAUGUUUCAACUGCUGUUUUGACAUAGGUAAAUGGUGCUCAUUGAGAAUAUUGCACACUAAUCCUAUUCCUUUUCUAGGCUUUCCGGCAGCUCUCACAUCGGUUCCAUGGGAAGGGGUCUGGCAAGAUGAAGACUGAGAGGAGGAUGAAAAAGCUGGAAGAGGAAGCGGUAUGUCUAACCUUGCUCACUCAGAUUAUUUUAGGUCACUUUUGAAAUGGCAAGCCCUACUUGGUAGGACUGAAAUCAGAAUACAAAGUAUUUUUGUCUCUCAUUUAAGUUAAAAUCUUGGUUUACCUAAUACUAUUCAUCCAAACUCGCAUAUGGCUUUCAAUUGAAUAACACACUUUUUAUUUCCAGGCCUUUACAAGAAAAUUCAGGUAGCAGGGCUUGCCCAAUUUGACUACUUGGGUAUAUGACCUAGCAAGCCUCUAGUCUAGACCUGGGACGAUAACCGAAAAUGAUCGACACCGACAAUACCGAUCACUUAUCCCAGGCAUUUUGCUGAUAUCGUUCAUUAUGAUAAAUAGCCUAUACUAGAGAAAUGUGAUGUUUGAAAUGAAAUAAGUUCUAAUAUGGGUGAUUUGUUAAUGGGACAAUUGAUGGCUGCAACCAUAACUACUAGCAGUAGUUAAAAUUAUCAUAAAUAAAUCUGUGCACAUUGUUAUAAAAUUAUCGUUAUAUUUAUCCCUAACGCAUCAAUUCAGGCAAUUUAUCGCGAUAUGGAUUUUUGUCCAUAUGGCCCAGUUCUACUUUAGUCUAGUCAGUGGUUUGACCGAGUGUGUGUUUUAAAUAGAUCUCCCCCCACCGUUUCUCUUAUCAGCUGUUAAAGAAGAUGAGCAGUAGUGAUACCCCUCUAGGAACGGUUGCUUUACUUCAGGAGAAACAGAAGUCACAGAAAACACCCUACAUUGUUCUGAGUGGGAGUGGGAAGAGCAUGAAUGCGUGAGUAUUUUACAAACCUCUUUGUCUUCUUUCACCCUGUCUUAGAUGUAUGUAUUUCUAGUCUAAUUACAGUGGCACUUUUUGAGAUUGAUUAGACAGAGCAGGAUUGCAACUAGCAGCUCAGAAUAUUUCAUUUAAAGGAGAAUGUGAACUGCAUAGAGUAUGUACCUAAUUAUUACUCACAUUGCUGUCUAUUUCUCUCUCAAUAUGUUUUGCCUGUAAUCCUCCUCUUUCCCCAGAAACAACAUCACCAAAUAGAUGUGGUUGAGAAGAGGGACCUGACCUGUGAGGAUGCGUGCUGUGCACCAUUACACAAACACACACUGAUAUGUUUUAAGUUUAUUUUCCUUGUUGAAUAAAAUCAAGUAGCUGCAUAUUGCUGUUGUGUGUAAAUCAAUCAAUCAAAUGUAUUUAUAAAGCCCUUUUUACAUCAGCAGAUGUCACAAAGUGCUAUACAGAAACCCCAAACAGCAAGCAAAGCAGAUGUAGAAACACGAAAGUAGAGUUUUUGCUUUUGACCCUGGAUUUAUGUAAACAAUGAUUAUCAUUGUUAUUUACAUACAGUAAAGAUUUGACAUGACA